AAGUCACUAAUAAUUAUAAUUGUUUUAGAAAGUAGAAGGUACGCUCGGGCACGGAGGAAGAGAGACCAUAGACGUCGUGCUCAGAACCAGGUUUGAAGAGAAAACGUUGAUCCGAUUCCGAAUUUGCAAAUUAGAAUAGAAUUCUUCUUCCUUCCCUUUGGUUCCCGUAUCAGUAUCAAAGUCCAGGACGAUGUCGUUUGGGUCCUCUCUGUUGUCUCAUUCGCAUGCCCUUCGAUUCUUGUCCAACAACAACAGAAACAGAACCUCCCGCUUCAAAGCCACUGCCAAAGUUCCCGAUUUCCUCUCUGCAGAUUGGUUUGAAUCGCGCAAGAAAAUACCCUUUGGACCACGAUUAGAUUUUAGUGCAGAAGAUGCGGUGCAUUACCAGCUUGAAGCCUUGAAGUAUAAUGACCAGCCUCGUCCAGACUAUGGAAUCGAGGUUAUGUACAGGUUUGCUGGAUUUGAUCCCUUUGAAAGGUCUCCCUAUUUUGGCCCUUUCUUUGAUUUGGGCCAGUUUGAACGGUUUAGGCGAAUUUUUCACCAUUCUACUUAUCGGGUCUUACUAGGUCACAAGGAGAGAAAGAUCAUGAGCACUUUGUUCGUCGAGGAGAACAAAUACAAGCAGCGGGUUUGGAUUCGUGGAAGUCGACCAGAGGAAGAGGAGAUAUUUCAACUUACAAUGGUUCAGGUUGGAGGAUGCUGGGAUGGUUACUGGUUAACAGAGUCUCUGCUUCACGAUACGGAUACAUUUGCCGGUGGAUUAGCAUAUUGAAAGUCAUCUAAUGCAGGAAUCAGGCUCGUGAGGUUCCACUGUCAAAAGCAUGAAAUGAUCUGCAUUCCUGCAACUACUAUCCUAAUCUGUAAAAUUUGUGUACAUAUGUAAGAAAUUCAGCUGUUAAUAUGUGUAUAUAAUUGGUCCUCGCUAAUCAAAUGUAAACAUUCUUGUAUAUUUUGCUGAAUGUUGCAGGAGCUAGCAUACUUUAAUGCUUAUGCUCACAUCUGUAUACUUGUGCACUGUACACACCAUCUUGUGCGUCGUCUGAUUCAUUUAUACUACAGAAUGGUUCAAAAUCUCUUGGCCCUUGGUUAAUCAAAACCUUAACUUAUCCUUUGA